AUGGCCACUCUUCCUGCUUCCCCUUCUCCACCUUGGCCUAACCCUAAUCUCAAUUCAAUCCCAAACCCUAAUUUCCAUCCUGAUCAAUCUCAAACCCUCGACUUCGAUUCCCUAAUGUCUCCCCAAUCUCACCACGCUUCCACCGAUUCACCGGAGUCUCCUCCUACCACACCACCGUCGCUUCUUCAACUCUCCUUUAACCAGGACCACGCCUGCUUCGCUGCCGCCACUGAUAACGGCUUUCGCAUAUAUAACUGCGACCCUUUCCGCGAGCUUUUUCGCCGGGAAUUCGGUGGCGGAGGAAUCGGCCACGUCGAGAUGCUUUUCCGAUGUAACAUAUUAGCACUUGUCGGCGGUGGGUCUCACCCUCAGUACCCUCCCACUAAAGUCAUGAUCUGGGAUGAUCAUCAAGGUACGUGCAUCGGUGAACUCUCGUUCCGUUCUCCGGUUAGCGGUGUUCGGCUUCGGCGAGAUCGGAUAAUCGUCGUGGUGGAGCAGAAGAUAUUCGUGUAUAAUUUUGCUGACUUGAAGCUGUUGCAUCAGAUUGAAACCAUUGCGAACCCUAAGGGGCUUUGUGAAGUUUCACACUUGACUGAUUCUCUUGUUCUCGCUUGCCCUGGUUUGCAUAAAGGCCAAAUUCGUAUUGAGCAUUUUUUGCAGAAGAGGACCAAGUUUAUUUCUGCUCAUGAUUCGAGAAUAGCUUGCUUCGCUCUCACGCUUGAUGGACAGUUUAUCGCCACUGCCAGCACCAAGGGUACUCUGAUUCGGAUUUAUGAUGCCGAACUCGGCACACUACUUCAGGAGGUAAGAAGAGGUGCAAAUGCAGCAGAGAUAUAUAGUUUGGCGUUUUCUUCCACUGCUAAGUGGUUAGCAGUUUCUAGUGACAAGGGCACUGUCCAUGUUUUUGGCCUUAAGGUUAAUCCCAAUGUCCCUGAGAAUGAAAGCUCCCAUGGGCCGUCUAGUUCAGAUGCCGCCAUUGCCCCAUCUAGCUCGUCUCGCUCCUUCAUUAAAUUUAAAGGAGUGUUGCCCAAGUAUUUCAAUUCAGAGUGGUCUGUUGCCCGGUUUCACUUGCACGAGGGCACUCAGUACACAGUUGCAUUUGGUGUCGAAAAGAAUACAGUCAUAAUUCUUGGCAUGGAUGGAAGCUUCUACAAAUGCCAAUUCGAUCCAGCGCAAGGAGGUGAAAUGACCCAGCUUGAAUUUCAUAACAUUUUAAUGUCAGAAACAACCUUGUGA